AUGCAGGCUGCGGAGGAACGAGUCCUGAGCUUCCUGCAGCAGCAGAACCGUCCUUUCAAUGCCCAAGGAGUCACGGAUCAUCUGGCACAGUACGGUGUCAAGAAAACUCAAGCUCAGAAAGCUCUUGACACGUUGUCCGAGGCCAGCAAGAUCGUCUGCAAGGAAUUUGGCAAGACAAAAAUAUACAUGGCUCUGCAGAAUAAUGGGGAUGACCUCACAAAAGAGCUGAAGGACCUGCAGUGUACCCUCACAGCAGAACAGCUGCAGUCCAAGAUCGACGAGCUGAAGAAGCAGUGGGAGGAGACUAAUGCGCGGCUGGGCCCUCUGAAGAGCAGCACAAAGCUGGUCACUGCAUUGGAGCGGCAGGCAGUGGAGAAAGCCUUCACAGAAUCCAUGGACCACUGGGCCAAGCGCAAACGCAUGUUCAAAGCCAUCUGGGACCAGGUGAGCGAGAACAUCGACCAGAAUGUGAAGGAGCUGUGGGAGGAGAUCGGCGUGGAGAGUGACGAGGCUGCAGAUGUGAACCUGCCCCUCAUGCAGCAGCUGAUGCCCAAGCGCGCGCGCAAAUGA